GCUCCACAGAAGUGCGAGCUGAACUGCCGAGCGAAGGGCUACCGUUUCUACGCUCGUCUUUCGUUGUCGGUGACGGAUGGAACGCCGUGCAGCCCCGGGUCGCCUGACGUGUGCAUCGGCGGACAGUGCAAGGUAAAGAGGCCUUGGGGGAGAAACAGUACCUACUUCUACUUUAGAGUUGGAUGCGAUGGCAUCCUUGGCUCGCAGGCCAUGCUGGACAAGUGUGGGGUGUGCGGUGGGGACAACUCGGCCUGCCAGGUGGUGUCGGGGAUGUUCACGCGGCGCCACCUCCCCGUGGGCUACAACCCGCUCAUGCGCAUUCCCGCCGGCGCACGACACAUCAACAUCACCGAGCUAGCGCACAGCAAAAACUACAUCGCCCUCAAAAAUACGAAAAGCAAAUUCUACUUGAAUGGCAAGUGGGAGAUCGACAGCCCCGGAACUUUCAAGGGCGCGGGGACAACAUUCCAGUACACAAGGUCAACGCCCCACCAGCGUAACCGGGCGGGGCAGACACUGUUAGCAACAGGACCAACCAAUGAGGACCUGGAGGUUAUGCUGAUCUACCAGCAGAGAAAUCCAGGAAUCCUGUAUGAGUAUGUCCUUCCAUCAAUGCCGAGUGUCACUCCCAGCCCACCCCCUCUUCCUGUCACAAUGAGACCUUCCAUCUACAUCACCAAGCAUACUUCAGACAUCAACAAAGCAAUCAGGCACCAAGGCGCAGCCAACAGGGACACUCAGACUUCAAAUAGGCACCACGGUACAGGUGAUAGGGACAGCUCUGUUUCAGACAGGCACCGUGUUACAGCUGACAGAGACAGCUCAUCUUCAAACAGGCACCACGGCACAGCUGACAGGGACAGCCCGCCUCCUAACAGGCACCACGUUGCCGUCAAUAGGGACAGCUCCCCUUCGGAAAAAGCGGAUGGAACGUCACAGAGUACAGGUGGCAGAUCGAGAGGAAGUUCCGUGGUUCCGCGAGGGUCCGUGGAGGGUUCGUUAGGCGGGUCGAACAAUGCGUACAUUCCGGGAACCUCCCAUCAGAGCAUCUAUCGACCGGGAACGUCCCACAUCCCGGGGUCUUCUGGAGGAACGUCAUACCAACCAACGGGAGGGGUGUACUUGGGAGGAACCGCGGAGAGAACGUCGGAAGGAACGCAGUACCUACCGGGAUCUUACAGACCAGGAGAAACAUUUAACAAUCAAAACGUGUACACAGGGGGCUCGAACAGAGGAGGGGUGAACCCCUCCCUGGACCCCUCCCCACGUUCACCCCCUGGCAGAACAUUUCCAGAGGGGGUGUACACGGGAACGAACUUGGGGCCGGUGGAGGGGGUGUUCCAGGGUUCCCCCCAGGAGUUUGGGCCGGGAAGGAGGGAGUUUGAGUGGACUGUUUCAGGGUACACACAGUGCAGCCGCACCUGCGGAAGAGGGGUACGGACGAACAUCAUCCAGUGCAUACGGAGAGACAGCGCCGCCGUCGUGCUGGCCAGCAACUGUGACAACCGGAUACGACCGCCCGUCCAGCCGGUGCCAUGUAACACCCAGCCCUGCCCAGCAUUUUGGGACGAGGGAGAGUGGACACCGUGCAGUAAGACGUGCGGCCCCGGGAUCAAGACACGGAUGGUCCUGUGUCGACAGGCCAUCACGCACAGCUUCACCACGACGGUCUCCCCCAGGAAGUGUCGCUCCAUCCCCAAACCUGCCACCUCCAUCAUGUGUCAGCUGGGAAUCUGCAGCCAGUGGAGAAUAGAGGGCUGGGGACCGUGCUCGGUGCCGUGUGGGCGGGGCCAGCGUACGCGGGAGGUGAACUGUGUAACGAACACGGGGGAGGUCCGUCCCGACGCCGAGUGUAACCUGCGGAUCCGGCCGCGCCUGGCCGAGGACUGCGACAUGGGCCAGUGCGCCAACUCAUGGUUCUACUCCGACUGGGGAAAGUGCUCCUCAGAUUGCGGCAAUGGCAUCCAGAAGCGGAACGUGCUGUGUAUCCUGAGUCAGGACCAUGACCUCCCCCUGGGCAGCUGUGAUGGGAAGAAGAAGCCGUCGGAGACCCAGUCCUGCGACAUGGACAGCUGUAACAGGAACAGUGCACACUGGUUCUCUGGGCCAUGGGGACAGUGCUCAGCGCCAUGUGGAGAGGGCACACAGGAGCGAGAUGUCAUGUGUAUCGAGGUGAACAAGCGGGAACAUUCGCACCACAUCGUGUCUCAGCACCGCUGUGAGCAGGGCACCAGGCCGAAACACGAGCAGAGGUGCGAGGUACAGCCUUGCACCGCCAUGUGGUACCACACUGACUGGAGUCAGUGUUCGAAGUCGUGCGACGGUGGUUACCGCGUACGUGUGGUCCAGUGUCUGGACGAGAAGCAGCAGAUCAGCACCAAGUGCAACAAGGCGCUACGGCCGCCUGACCGGGAACCCUGCAGCGUCAAGCCUUGCUACAUUGCAUCAUCACAUGGUUUAAGAAAAAUUCAGUUCAGUUAG